CUCCUGGUGACCAGCCAAGGCCUCUACAGGAUGAGUCGCCUCUAUGUCACUCCUGAUGCUUCUUUCUUCAGAGUUCACAUCCUGCUUGUGGAUACUCUAAACUGCAGCAAACCGUGUCCAGACUUGAAACUUGGCAGCAGGUACAUCGUGAUGGGUCGGAUCUACCUGCGGUGGUGGCAGCUGCCCAGGGCUGUGCCCGCGGCCCUGCGCGCCAGGCUGCGCCCGGGGGACGGAUGGCUCAGCAGCAGCUCCAGCUACGUCAGGAGAUUCAACAGGAAAAGGGACCAGAGAGUGAGGGCAGCACAGUCCAAGUGUCCCUAG